AUGUCAUUGAAUCGGCAGCAGAGAGAGAAAUUUACAGCCUCUCAUAUUUCUCACAAGUACAAUCUUGUGCAUCUUCUUCCGAGUAUUGGACAAUCUCAACUAUCUGGAUUGUAUUUGAAGAGUUUCUACAAUGGCGUAAAGAGAAACAGAUUGCAACUACCAGAACAGGUCACUGAUGGAACAAAGUUCUGUGAGAAUUGUGGAUUGGUUCAUAUCGCGGGUGUCAACCUUGACAUGAAGAUUGUGGACAACCCAUACGGGAAUGAUCUCAAGACUAAAACUCUUGAAUACAAGUGUUCGAAGUGCGGGGAAGUAAAACACUUUCCAGUCGAGAGAAGAGAAUUUGAAGAACCACAGAAAGCUCCCGAGUCCUUUGUGGCUACUUGGCCUGGCCCUCAAAACAGCAAGAAAGAAAAUGCUCACUCAGACAGCUCAAAAGUAAAGAAGUCAUCGGGUAAAGAAAGAGCUAAAAAGCGUAAGAUGAACUCACUAGCCAAUAUGCUAAGUAAGAAGAAAGAGCAAGAAGCAAACAAGAAAUCAAUGUCUCUGAGUCUGGACGACUUUUUACAAAAAUGA